ACUAGCACACGUGCCAGCACGGUUGAACCGCGCUCUUUAACGAAAGCUUAACGAAUCCGGCUUUUGUGUGUGCGUUAGUAACCAGAAUCAGACGGGGCCCGCUGUUCGUGAUUUGCUCAACACAACAUUCAAACAACAACAUCUGACUUGCGAGGAAUCACACGAAUGCACCGUGCGUGCGUGAUUGCAGCGAAGCCGGGUAAAUUCGUUUUGUUUUCCCAAGAAAGUGUGUGGUGCACGUUGUGAAGUGUGUUAACUGUUUUUGCAUCCGUUGUGACAGUGCGUGCGUGUUUCUAUUUUUUUUUUUCGUUUGGGCAAUUGUGUGUAUGCGAAAGUGUGUGGCCUUUUUUGUCUCUCUGUGUCGCGUCAAGAUGCGUCGCAAAGUGCUGUUUUCGUGUGAUGUGUGUAUGAAAAUAAAAGUGUUGUGAAGCGAUUUGUUUCGCUGCCCUAUACCGAAAGGGGCGUGCUGGAAAAGCUUCCCCAUAGCGAAAACAAGAAAAGCAAAGAAAACGAAGUGUGAUUUGUGAAAAGAACGCGCGCGUGUUCAUGUGUGUGUGUGUGCGUGCGUGUGUGUGCCGGUACGUCUAGUGUUUCCGGAAGGUGACAUCUUGGUUCUUGCAUAAAAAAGAACACACAUUCAACAUGUCGAAAACAAUCGAAACCCAUCUGCAAAGCAACGAAGUGCGAAUACCGAAGAAAUCAAACGAAUUCAAUAUGACCACGUCAGCUGGUAGUGGUGGUGGUGGUGGUGGUGGCGGCGGUCCGUGUCAGUACUUCAAGAGUUCGUUCGCCCGGUCGCUAUCGUUCAGUCAAGGGCCGGGUGGUCCACCGGGCAGUGGGGUGCGUGGACCGUACGGGGGCGCAGAACAGCACUUUACCCGUUCGCUGGAUUUUGAUGUAAAUUACGAUCCGAUUGGUGGUGUCGAUCGAAACGACACGGAUGGAAAUGAUGGUGGUGGUGGUGGUGUCGGCUCACACCAAAUGAUGAUGAUGAUGGGCACGCCAUCCUCCGCCUCGCCCGUGUAUGAGGAGGAAGGCGAAGGAACGGUGUCACGCGGCGAAAGUGAUCCCGAUCCGGACGCGGUGUCUCUGGGCGGGAUGAAUGGAAUCGAGACCAGCAACGGUGGCAUUGUUAAAACGCUCUGGAACUACGCCAAAGGACAGGACAUUAAAUCCGCAAACAGUAGCCCCGCCAAAAGAGCCAUCACGCUAAAGUCAAACGGUACGCUCGGUGCACGAAAAUCCAUCGAAGCCAACGAAAUAGAAGUUUUACGUCUUCGCAAGGAAUGUCAAAACCUGAUUGAGGAAAAUCGACGGCUUGUUAGCAUAGCGAGUGGCGCAGGUAGCGGUUAUGCGAUCAACGGCAUUCUCAACGGUGGUGGAUCCGGAAGUCUCUCAACGCUGGGCAUGGGUGUCCCGAACGGUGGAAGUUACAGUAGUGUUGAAUCUGUGAUCCUGCAAACUCAAGUCGAAACGCUACAAUGGCAAUUGAAGCAGGUCGACUCCAGCCGACACAUGUACCGGGCCGUGAUGGAAGAAGUUGUACGGUUUCUGGAUCGCUGUUACCGCUCGCUGGAUGCACUGCAGAGUGGGCAGAUCGGUCGAUCGAAAAGCGUGCUACAGGUGUCGAAAACAAGCGGUGUGCAACACCACCAUCAGCACCAGCACGACUCCGACAGCAGCAGUGCGAGUAGUCCGCGAGCGCGCAGCAGCACCAAUCUGGUCGAUGUUCAACAGAAGCCCUACACCAAAGCGGGAGGAGCGACAGGCCAUAAUGGGCGCCUAGACCAUCAACAACACCAACCGUCAUCGCUGACAUUGAUCAACGGUGCCGCUGCGAGUCAGCAUGCCGCACAUUCAACUCUUCACGAGGACGAUUGUGUCGUUCCGCCAUCACCUGCCAGCUCCUAUAGCACCUUUAGAGAUUUUACCUGGCGACGCUCACCGAAACGAACCCAGACUCUGCCAAUUUCCAGCAACGAAGUUGACCCGGAGAAGCUGGCCCAGGAGGCGUUCCGUUUGCUGCGGACGGUGCAGAAUCUGCUCAAUACACAGGAGCCGACGCUGGCCCAAUCGACGAACGCACUGGACAGCCUGAUCUCGGCAUCAACGGCGGCAUCCAGCUGCGGCAGUAGCACCACGCUCACCGGUGUCGGUCUAUCCGCUUCCGGCGCGAUGCUCGGCAGCACACCGACACUUACCGGAACUGGCGGCUGUGGCAUAGGUGAUGGUGGAGGUGGUCGAACCGUAGGAGUAUCGAAUGGACAUGGAGGAGGUGUAGGUGGCGGUGGAGGAGGAGGUGGGAAUCACCCGUUAGUAAACACCCGCAGUACGGUAGGCUUCAAUCGGAAGCUAAAUAUGCGAGGAAGUCGUUUGUCGGUACGGAGCAGUACAGCCGACUCCGUACACUCGACAUCGUCCUCCACGAAGACAGAAACGGACGAGGACAAUACGGAUCGUCCUUCGCCACCGCUUCUGUUGUCGCAUCAUCACCAUCUGUUGCAUCACCAAUCGAACGGUGUUGUUAACGGUGGUGUUAAUGGAGGAGUUGGUAGUGUUGGUGGAGGUGCCACUGGUGGAGGAGCUGGUGGAGGUGGAGGAGGAAGUAGUAGUAGCAGCUGCAGUAGUAGUACCACCUCCGGCAAUGGUAGCAUCAAUGGUAAUGGGCACCAUCACCAUCAUCAUCAUCACCACCAUCAUCAUAAUCCGGCCCAUCGGUACAGUGCCAACAUUGAGCGGAUUAAGGAGAUGAUGAUUGCCAGCUCGGCGGAGGACGAAAGUGGCUUUAGCUCGAUGAACUCGUUCCAGGAGAUUGGGCUACCGUUGAUCAACUCGACGAUGCUGUCAUCGGUGGGCAGUAAUCACGGUGUUAGCAAUGGAUCGCUUGGUGAUGGAUCCACGUCCUCGACCGAAGGUGUCGCGAACAGCAGCGGUGGUGGAAGCAGCAGUGGCGGCAUCAACAGUGGCUUCGGUCUGUCGGAAGAUUCGUCCGAGUUGCGUGAAAAUACUGUCAUCCCGACAGCGGCCAUUAGCGGCGGAACGAAUGCGAACGGCAGUGCCAACAAGCUGGGCAUUCCGGCUUCUCCUUCCUUGAAAGCCACAGCGAAUCCAUCCAGUGGCACAAAUAGUUCUACUGCUGCCAGUAAUAACACCGGUACGUGUGCGCCGGGUGGAUCACCGUUGCGUGCGACGCAAACCGCUAGCUACGAGCAUCAUACGCAUUUUAUCAACCAUCGCCGUUGGGAUUCGGCACCGGUUGUGCCACCGAAGCUGAAGAUACACGCCAGCGAAACCGACACCGUGUCACGGGUUCUUUGGGUGUAGCAGAGAUAGAAGCGACCGGAAGGUGUAGUCACCGAACGCCGUCGCCCCGUAGGUUUCCUCGCAUUUCUUUCCCACUGCAUUUGUGCACUGUGAAUACGGAUCUCUUCCGACCCGACCGUCGUUGAUUAGGAGAAACAGUAUGUCUUUUUCCGUGUUUGUAGCAUUGUAGCUUUUUGUCCAUUUUACUUUACUCUGUAACAUCAAUUUUGUUUGUACCGUUUGUCCGUUUAGUGGUACAGUUUUUCUUCAUCUUUUCUUGUAUAUAGUUUAUUAAGUGGGCAGUACUUUGCGAUUGUUUCUUUGUUGUCUUGAAUUCCUUCAUAUCUGACUUCUGAUUGUUUUUAAUUUUUUUCCAAAGAACAAACGCGAAGUGAGGAUAGUCGGCACAUACUUAAUACUAAUAUUGUAUCUAAACCCCGUACGUAGGAUGAAUAUCCUUUGCAUUUAAUUAAAUCUGAUAUCAACAGUCGCUAUCCCGUAAAUAUGUAUCCUAAUGAAAUAGGGAUUGUUUUUACAGCGAAGCAUGUAUAAUUACAUAAGAACUAUAUUUCUACACGACAGUUUCAAAUAGUUUUACACCCGUCAUAACGGCUAAAACGGAAGAUCGUACGGAGCAAGUUAUCGUCAUGGGUACAUUUUUAGCGAUUAAAACAAUUAAUCGAUUUGUAAGUUUCUUUAUUUUCCUCUUGCGAAUAUGAUUUGGUGUAGUUGCAGACUAGCGUAUGCAAAUGUACAUUGAAGGUAAAUUAACUGAAUGAGGUUACUACACAUACCUUUCCUGAUAUGCUCCCUCAUACUUGACACGCCAAGUAUUCUGAGUAUGUCGAAUAUAGUAGUAGUGUGGUAAUAUCAACCAACGUAAAAUAUUGAUUGACGAUAAAUAAAGUAAGUGCUGUAUGAAUUAUGAAUAAACGUGUCCAAUAAGAGCAGGAUAUUGUUUUCUCUGUUUUUUUUAUAUACAACCACAACCAAAGCUGAUAAGGAAUGCAAAGAACAAUAGUUGAGAGAGACAGAGAGAGAAAGAGAAAAAGCAGAUGAAUAUAAUAUUAACACAAUAUGGCUUCCACAAAUAUGGUCGAUAAAUAGAUAAGUAGUAAGAUCAUCAUUAAUUGAUUUUUCUUCUAUUUUUUUGCAUCGCAAAUAAGAGUGUAAUUCGUUCUGUGUAAGAUUCCUGUUUUUAAAUUAUGAUUUUUUCAAAGUAUAUCAUAAGCAUCAUAUGCGAUAAUUUUAAACGUGAAACUAUUGAAUCGUUCGAAUAAGUGUCGUAAAUCACUAGCGAAAUAAUAAGGAUUAUGGCGAAGAGAGUAAACUAGUUUUCUAACCAGCAAAAGGAUAAAAAAUAUCUGUAGAAAUAGUAACAAUGGCGUAUCGCGUAGCGUUAGAUGUAGAUGAUGUCAGUAUACCCCAAAUACCGAAUACGUCCAGCAUUUAAAAACGCGAAUGUUUGUUUUAACGCAACCUACGACACCAGCUACUAGAAGAAGGACUAGAGGACAAUAGCUAUUUAACUUAUGAAAAAAUGCACCAUGCAAACGGCAGCAUAAUGCUAAAAUGUGAUUAAAAGUUUCAUAUAAAAGAAAACAACAGUACGAAUGAAAAGAAGAAAAUUGGUUUACACAGGAAUAUCAAAAGAGGACGAAUUAAUUGAACGUCCGAAAUAAUAAGCCAAACGAAUGCAAAACACCACUGCAAACAUUCAAAGCAUAGUCUAUAGUGGAUGCUAAACGAUUGUUUCGAUAAUUAAACCAGAACAGGAGAGUAAACUAAACGCCUGCAUCCUUCAUGCAAACGAUCUUUCUAUGUGUUAUGGUACAAAACUAUUGGUUUUUAUUUUUCAUUUGAUACAAGUUUUAUUUUGCUUCUUGUUUAUGAAAGUAAAUUCUACAGCCAUAACAAUAUCAAGUUAAAAACUUUGUAAACACAAGUAAAUAAGUGAUGCUUUUGUAGCGACUUGCGAGAUGUGAGAUAUACACAUUAGUCUGACGUUAUAAAGCGAUUCUUUGAACUGAAUGUAACUUUUAACGAAUGCGCUAAUUUCAAACAUUUUAUAAAACAGAGACAGUGUUGAGGGCAGCAACGCUAUUCCAAUGUUCAUAAUUUCAAUCACUGCUAACGUUUUUAUCACAGCUACGUAUUACAUUACUAUCGUUGGGUACAUAUACACUGAAAGGUACCACAGCAACGAGAAAAACUCUACUUACCAUCUGCCGCUAACACAACCACUACUCAAACACUAAAAUAAAGGAAAAUACCUAAAACACGUAAAAGGAA